GUGCUCACAACAUCGAUACUUACUUUCAGACGACUGCCAGGCGCGCGCGCGAGAGAGAUUGACCUGCGCGCGGACCCGUUGUGCGUCGCGUAGGUGCGCGCCCGGGGGGAAACGGCAAAAUCAGAGCGGAACUCGGCCUCAUUAUAUCAGUUUUUUGUGUUGUGUUCGUCAGAGGCGUCGGUGUGUUAAAUGAUCGUCCCCGUUCCCGCGUAAGACCGUAGAGACGCCGCGCGACGCGCCGGUCAUCGGUCCUGGAAGUCGUCGGGGUGCUGAUGCUUCGCGACGGCGUUGAAGAGCGCCACGACCGCGCGCGUCGCCGUCUUGCGGAGCUGCUUCUCCUUCACGACGCUGUCGGCCUCGCGCUGCGCGUCGGCGCGCCGCUGCUUCGCGGCCGCCUCCUCCUUGCGCCGCUUCUUCUUCUUUUGCUCCUGUUUCUGGUCGACCUCGAGCUCCUUCAUCAGCGCCGUCUUGCGCUUCGCGAGCACGGGAUCCGGCGCCGCGACGUCCUUGGCCAGGAUCUGGCUGACCGCAUCGCCGAGGCCCAUGGUUGUUGCGAGUUAUGCGUGUGGUUUCCAAGUGAUGGCGUGCUUUGGCGCGCAGCGAUGGCGUGCAAACGGCGCAGCGAUGGCGUUUCGCAGCGAUUGCGUGCAACGGCGCAGCGACGGCGCGUAACGGAGCAGCGAUGCGAGUGCUGCAGCAGUGCAGCCGGUCUGAAUGCAGCGGCACCGUGUUGCGUCCGCGCGAAAGUGAUGCAGCUGCCGGACGGAUGUAACCAGAGACGAAUGCGACGGGAUGCGUACUUCCCACCGCUCUUUGUGUGAGCCGGCACUGGCACGCAAAGCAGCCU